UAUCUUUGAUCCCUCUUGAGUUGUCUUCGGGACCUCUUCCCUUGCAAUUAUAGGGGCCAUUCAAGAUGGCGACCAGCCAUAUGCAUAAUUUAACUACCCUUAUUAAGCGGCUGGAAGCCGCGACCUCCCGCCUGGAGGAUAUGGCUAUGGGACUGGAUGACCCCAGUUCGCCGAAAACACUCAAUGCCGCCGCUGCCCCCGAGACCGUUGCUCCUGAACCGCCCAAGCCAGCUUUCCCUCCGGCCCCUGCAGCUCCUGUCGUCCCUCCUCAAAUUGAAGACUUCGAUACAUUGAUCAAUAAGGACGUGCGCAACUUCGUGGACCUUGGAUAUAAAAUUGGAGACCUUGUCGCUGAGCAAUCGAAAGCUGUCUUGCAAGCUUUCGAAGCUGAGCGCACCUACCUUUAUGUCUCGACGAAGGCGAAGAAGCCCGAGCCCCAACCCCCAGAGCUCAUGACAGAGCUUCACACUGCCUCCGAUUCUAUCAAUAUGAUCCGCGAGUCGAAUCGUGCCUCUCCUCUUUUCAAUCACCUCAGCGCGGUCGCGGAAGGUAUCGUGGCUCUGGGAUGGUUCUUUGAGUCUAAGCCAGGAGAUUUUGUUAGUGAGAUCGUUGGUGGCAUUGAAUACUACGGCAACAAGGUCUUGAAGGAGUACAAGGAAAAGGAUAAGACUCACGUCCAGUACAUCCAAUCUUACUAUCAGGUCUUCAAGUCCCUUGCUGCCUACCUCAAGAAACACUACCCGAAGGGCCUGACAUGGAAUGAGCAAAACGGCAUCGAUGCGCUGGAAGCCCUCAGACAAGUCAAAGGCGGUCCUAGCACCGGAGCCAGCGGUUCCGCUCCUCCCCCUCCUCCCCCACCCCCUGUGCCGACACUGAACGUGCCUGGCGGAGCUCCUCCACCACCCCCACCACCACCUGGCGUUCCUCCGCCGCCCAGUGCGGCCCCGGGAGGAGAUAUGUCCGCUGUUUUUGCUCAGUUGAACCAGGGUGAGGCUAUCACCUCUGGUCUCCGGAAAGUCGACAAGUCCGAAAUGACGCACAAGAACCCUAGCCUUCGUGCAAGCUCAACCGUUCCGGAGCGUCCUGACUCGCAAGGCAGCAUCUCUCGCUCCAAGUCUCCAGCCCCGAGCAAGAAGCCUAAGCCCGAGAGCAUGCGCGUCCGCAAACCUCCUCGUAAGGAGCUCGAGAGUAACAAGUGGUACAUCGAGAACUUCGAUAACGCGGGUGAAAUCGUUGAGAUCCCUGCCCAGCAGAACCAGUCCAUCCUUAUCUCCCGUUGCAACAAGACCAUUGUGAAGGUGUCUAGCAAGGCCAACGCCAUCGCCAUCGACAACUGCAAGGAACUCUCCAUCAUUGUUGACUCCCUCGUGAGCAGCCUUGAUGUCAUUAAGUGUACCAAAUUCGCUCUCCAGAUCGACGGUGUGGCGCCAACGCUCUUGCUGGACCAGGUCGACGGUGCCACGGUCUAUCUCGGCCCACAGAGCUUGAAUACCGAGGUUUUCUCCAGUAAAUGCACAGCGAUCAAUAUCAUGCUUCCCCCAAAGGAGGGAACAGACGAAGAUACCAAGGAGUGCCCGGUUCCCGAACAAAUCAAGUCCUACGUCAAGGACGGCGUCCUGGUGAACGAGAUCGUCGAACACGCAGGCUAAACAUUAAUAAGUCUAUUACGGCGCUGAGGUAUAUCUCGAAAUUGUGUGUUUGGUCAGCUGCCAAUUUUGGACGACAUCUAAUGCAGUGGCUAGGAUAGUAAUAGUUGGCCAGGCCAAGUUUUGACAUAUACGACCAAUAUAAGCACCAUCCCCCUUGGAUUUAGACUCAAAUUAGAUAAACAACUUCUGUCUCUUUCUGUAUAA